AUGUCAAGGUCCCAUCCAUCCUUGCAUCGAGGGUUUGAGAAAGGACGAGAGAUUAUUGGAGUUAACAGUCUUGUCCAGCAUCUAGUAACAGAACAUCAUUCAGAGGAUUGGGUUGAUGUCGAGUUCGAAGCCGAGAGAAAUAAAUUAACACAAAUACAAAGAGAUAUGGAGAAAAGGUUGGAACGGGAGAGAGAAGAAGCCUGUAUAAUGGUUCCCAAACUACCAGCUAAUUGCCAAACUUGUCAGGUUUCUAUAGGUUUGCAUAAGCUUUGGAGAUAUCACGUGUUGGCUCACAAGUUUGGAGAAGUUUAUUGUUCAUCUUGCAACACUUGUAUCUUGGGACAUCAUUAUCAGGAGCACUCUGCUAUCUGUAACAAGGAGGACAAGGAUAGGGUUCGGGUCAAGGUUGAAAAGUUCCGUGGAGAACCCUGGUUUGAUAGCGAGGGGAAGAAGAUGAAGAUCAGUUUCGAGAUGAAUACUUCCAAGGAGCUGGGCAGACACUCAGUUGCCAAAACUAUUGUAUUCGGAAACCGGUUUGUGCGUGGGACAGGGUCAACACAUGACGAAGCACUUCGUACUCUGAGGGAGGAGAUAGAAAGCAUUCUCACCGAGGCUAAACGGAAGGUUGAGGAGGAUAGGAAGGAAGAACUGGAGAAGGAAGACAAGGAGAAGCUUCUAGAACUAUUUAGAAAACUAGCAGCUGUUGAUAAGGAGAAUGAGGGUAAUGUUUAUAGCCUUGAGGUUGGAGGACGUGUAGUUGAUGUUAGAACAAGACUUUAUCACACCAAGGCCGGCAAGUGUAAGAUCAUGGCAUCUGCUGUAUACUCGAACCAGUUCUUGUUUGCACUCGGAGACAAUCGUCUUCACUCGGUCCAGCUGUUGGCGGAGAAGGUUGCGGAGCUGCAUAAAAUUAACCCGGAGAAGGAACAAUCUCAAGACAACAAGGAGUUCGCAUGCACUGACUGUAGUUCAAGAUUCAAGAGAAAGCGAACCCUGGAGCUACACCAAACCCAACCUUGCAAAAUUUAGUUUUGAUUACACAAUCAAACUCAUCCUUGCAAAAUUUAGUUUUAUAAAUUAUCAAAACCAACCUUGCAAAAUUUAGUUUUUAAUGUAAAAACAAAUAAUACUAAAAUGACCUCAAAUAAAUCCAACCCUGCAAAAUGUUACAAAAUAUCUCCUGUUUUUAAUUAUUUUUAUUUUACUUUUCCUUCUCCUUGCAAUACUAGUCUCUUCCUACCCCUAAACUAUAUCCAUGGGCUAAGCUGCAAUUUUUUUUUAAUUUGAUUUGAAAAUGAAACCUUUCCCAUCAACUUCACUGGAGUUAUACAGUAAGGCAUGUUUGAGAACAGAGCGAGCAGACAGUACAGUACAAGACCUGUCAUAUCGGACAAAUAAGAACAAUUUUCUUCGUGUCUAAAAUAUGAUUUAAGUUUGCAUUAAUGUACUGCAUCGUAAAUUUGUUAAAAUUUUGAUAUUUAUCAUUAAAUCCCCCACGGUAAUAUGUUUAAUUAUGUGAAUAUUUCA